CCUCCAGCCCCCCCCCCCCCGUUUCCCAGGCCUGUUUGCUUCUCUUCCCUUGCCAGGGGUCGCCUGAUCCGACGUGAGCCAAAGAAGGCGAGGAAUGCCGAAGCCAGAAGCGCGGUCUGCUCUGCAGCAGUCGGGUGGGCUGCUCCCCUGCCCUGCCCUGCCCAAACUCAGCGUGCAAGGCCGGCCCCAGGGUGGGCUGGGCAGGGGAAAGCAGGGCGUCGUCCGGGUCCCUCCCCCUGGAGUGUGCUGGGGCUGCCCCCCAGCCUGCGUGCAGUCGGUCUCCCAGCCGAGCCCCAGAGCCGUCGCGGAGCCAGCAGCAGCGGAGCGCAGGAUGGAGCCGUCCCAGAGAAGCGUCCCCUCCUACCUGGCCCUCUCCAUCUUCAACUUACUCUGCUGCUGCCUCCCGCUGGGCAUCGCAGCCCUCAUCUACUCGCUGCGCGUGGAGAAUGCCACUAGCGUUGGAGAUAUGAAUCGGGCCACCAGCUCUUCUCGCACGGCUCGCACGCUGAACAUCGUCGGGAUUGUCCUCGGAGUCAUUUGCAUCAUCUUUAUCAUUGUGAUAUACGUGGUCGUCCUGAGUAAGAGACCCUAGGGCUCUGGCCUAGGCCCCCAGAAAGUCACACCACACUGGUCCUCAUGGGCAGGCCGAGUAUCUGCUGGCAAGUGUGCCCAGGGCAUCCCACCCCUCCACAAGAGGACCGCUUCCAAGCAUCCAUGACAAGAGCUGCCUGCCACCUCUGGUGGGUGCAGGGACUGCCGAUGUUUUGUAUCAAGAGAUUAAUUGCUUUGCCUUUUUAAAAAUACUCUUGUCGCCUGUCGUGUGCUAUCAGAGUGUCAUGCUUUGUACCGCAAUAAAGCCAACUUGUCACACAGCUGUCGUGUGUUACCCUGUUCCCAGGAUUAUAAGCCGAGCUGAAAAUAUUUGCUUUCGGUUAUUUAGGCAUCACUACUUCUUCUUCUUUUUUUACAAAGAGCUUUAAAAAAAAUUCUAACCUGCUUGGGAGGUGGGGAGGCGGAGCCCACAGUGCAGUAAGCUUGUGGUUGGGCAGCUGCCUCGUUAAAGAAAGCUCGGAAAGCUUGAAACCAUUCAGGGAGAUUGCAGGGUUGAAAGUUGCUGACUAACGAGAUGUUUCCAUCUGAAUUUAAUGCUCAGAUGAAGCUUACAGAGAAAAUGAGUUCCUAAUAUUCCAGAGAUGCUUGUUUAGCUGCAUGUUAUGAUCAAGCUGUCCUUGUGAAGUGUCUUUCCUACUGUGGUGAGAACAGAAGAUGUCCGUCAGAAAUAAGAGAAGAGUGAUUGCUUUACCUGUUGGAUUGAUGGGCUGGUUUGUCUGUUCCUCACUGGGCUUCUCCCGUGUAUCUCUAUAGGAACUUAUGUGUACUUUUGCCAUUUAGGAAUGUUUAUUGGAAUUGUAUUUGAUAUAAAAAGCUUCUAAAGAA